GGAGCAUUGUUCAAAACGAGGCAGGCUGACUGUCGCUAGGACCGGGAAUUUUGUUUAAUAUUUUGUGUCAAAAGUUAGCGAUUUAUUUAGACAAAGUAUGUUGCAAAAUGUAUCCUUCAAGAAAUUCAAAACGGACAAGGCGUCAGAUCGGCACGAGUGUGAGUACUGUGAACCUUGGUCUGAACUAUGGUGUGGCAGGGAGCUCUGUUUCUGGAACAGCUAAUCUUCAUUCUCAGAAACUGGGCACCUCAGAUGAUUUGGCCCUAGAAAUUGGCAAUUCACUUCGAAUGAAAAGCAGGAGCAACUCUUCAGGGUUAACCAAAUCAAGGGUUCGGUCUCCAACAGUCAACGAUAGACCAGCAUCAGGAGAUUCUUUUUACAAAACAAAAGUUGAUGAUUAUGAUCAACCAUCAAGUAAAAGCUCGUGGCAAGCUGCAUCUUCACCCUACGGAAAAGCGAAGCAGACGAUGCAAUUAUCCAGCAAGUUUACGUCACAAAAUUCAUCCUUUCAGAAUAGUCCAAGAGAUUUUGAACGCAGUUUGCAACGAGGCGAGGAUCCUGCUCAUCCAAUGAACAAAUCAAGUCCCCACUUUUACCUUCCAGGUGAUAGAGUCAUUUUUACUGAAGAUAUUGCUGCGCCUGGUAUUCCAGUAAUUUACCGAAUCGAAGAUGAAAGAAGAGCUAAUCCCGAUAAACUAAACCUAGACAGACGCGGCCUCACUAUUUGCCCUAUUAUAGAAGGAGAAGAAGGUCUUCGUUUGCUGAAUUUUCAACAUAACUUGAUUCAAAAAAUUGAGAAUCUAACAUGCUUUCGAAAGUUGAUAUUUCUUGAUCUGUAUGACAACCAGAUCGAUGGAAUAAGUGGCUUGUCAAGUCUGAAGUCAUUAAGGGUUCUUAUGCUGGGGAAAAAUAGGAUUAAGAAGAUUGAUAAUCUUCACGAUUUACUGAAGCUUGAUGUGCUGGAUCUCCAUGGGAAUAAGAUUGUGAAAAUCGAAAAUUUAUCUCACCUGCUGGAGCUUCGAGUGUUAAAUUUAGCUGGCAAUGAGAUUUCGGUGGCAAAUAAUCUAAGCGGCCUUGAGUCACUGACUGAGUUGAAUUUGAGAAGGAACAAAAUUGGGUCCGUUUAUGAAAUUAAUCUACUCCCAAGCCUACAAAGACUAUUCCUUAGUUACAAUGAAAUUAAAAGCUUUCAGGGCAUUUCGUGUUUGACAUCAUCAACAUCUCUCACUGAGUUGUCACUGGAUGGUAAUCCUUUUGCAAACGAUUCUUUGUACAAACAAACAAUCCUACAGAAUGUUUUAUCCAUAAAACAAUUGGACAUGAAAAAAAUCUCUGACGAGGAGCGGAGGAUAGUUUCAACAAUGGCGAGAAAGGAAGACGAGAAGCGUCGUGAAAUCGAGAAGAUAUCAUCAUUGAAGGAAAGAAGACAACUUGCGAUCAAUAAUGCAAAACGCCAAUUUAGGUCUCAGAUUUUCAAAAGUUCCAACGCAGAAAAUGAGCUCAAAGACAAAUCUGAGGACUCGACGACCCCAAGAAAGACAUCCUCAAACAAGACAGAUUACAGUGUGUGCCACUUGGCAGAACUUGACGAUAAUCGCCUGAAUUUCUAUGGACCCGGAUCAUUAGAGGCUGUUGAUAGAAACUGGGGCGAAAAGGCAGCCUCCUCUGUCACUUUCAUUUCAUUUCACUUUAUACAUUUUGAUAGCAUCGUGCCUUUCCUCUCAAAGAUCAAAAACAGAUUCGUUAACGUAUCGACUUUGUCAUUUGGCGAGACCAACAUUUGUCACUUCAACCAAAUAAGUGCCCUGGCAAAUUUACGUGCUCUCGAAGAACUGGUUAUCGAAGAAGCAGGAAACACAAUCACGGAAUUCUCAAUGUGGAAACCCUUUGUUCUAUACAGGUUGUCUCAUUUGUCGUUGCAAAAGAUCAAUGGUAGUGAGGUAACUACCAGGGACUCGGUUCAUGCUGAAAAGGUUUUUGGCGCACUUGGACAUGUGAUGACGUCACAGUUACUCCAAUCUCGUUUAAUAUCAAUGUUGGCAAAACAGAAAAAAUCUGGAAUUAUCCAAGAUGGCUCAAAAGGCGAUGCCACAGCUGAUUUUCUGAAACGAGGAAAAACAUCUAAUUCUGGGGAGCCAGUUGGACGGGCAGGUUUGAUGUAUCAGCAAGCGGCUUCUUUUAAGCAAGAUGACGAGGAUAUUAAAGAAAGGAAAAAAUUUUCAAGACAAUAUAUAAAUGAAGUAAUUAACAAUGCAUCAAUAAGCGAACAGAAACGGGAACAAUUUGAAAUGAUCUGGCCAAAGUUUUUUGAAGAAUAUGUUCAGCGUACAGCAAAAGAAAUGAGUUGCCUGGAUCGUUAUAUGGAAUCUUCUCUCGAAAGAAUUAAAAGAUGUUGACAGGGGGUACUAGAGGCACCAGCAUAAUUCAAGUUGUAUUUGCCAAAGCAAGACACGAAAACUCAGUUAUUGCUGAUAUAACUUUGAAACAGAAUGGACAUCCAUGUAAUUAAACAAACUGGGUAAUAUUUAUCCAGUUUGAAUUCACUUAUUGUACAGAAUUGAUUUCAAAAUGUGCUCUCCUAGGCGCAGUAGACAAAGGAACUGAGAGAGCUACAGCUCCCUCCUCCCCCCAAUCAGCAAAAUUUUUCGACAUUUAGGCUCCAUUCGUGCAGUUAGCUCCAUUUAAUUGAAGCGGUAAUACUUGAGCGGCAAUACUUGAGUAUCACUUAGCACCACCCCCUCCCUCCCUAAGCGUUAACUAUCACCUCCCCCUAAGCUCUCACCAUCCACUAGGCCCAUGUUCCAAUUUUAUUGCAUUGUGCAGAGCAUAGUAAUAUAUUCAAAGGGUGUGCUUUUUAAAGGUAUACCAAUAUAGAGAUCAAGGUGUUUUUUAUUCAACUAUACUGCGCCCUUAGACCCUUAAUUCAGAGAUUGUAACUAAUUAAAGUAAAAUGUGAUUUGUAAUGGGAUUUAUACGACACGUGUAAAUUGAGAUGAUUGCAUUUUGAAGCACGCUUUUUCCGUGUUGUGAA